UCUUUCAAUUUCUAAAUAUGUUUGCUGACUUAAAUAUUAUUUUAAUAAAUAUAUCUGUUUAAUAAAUCUGUUUUGUUUAAAUGCACCAAAAUACAUUGCCUAUAUUCACUGAGAAACGGAUAAAAAUAUUAAUUUUCAAAAUGGGGUGUAUAUGCUGAGCACUGUAUGUCACUUACAAAUCUAUUAUGCCGUUACAGUGCACCCAAAAAAGCCCACUUGAUUCAACUCAACUGUGUAAAGUUUGCACUUGUGUGUUUCGUCUGAGUGCUCCAGUUUCGCCCCCAGUCCAAAAGCAUGUGGUACUGGUGAAUUGGAGAAAGUAAACUGGCUGUAUGAGUGUGUAUAAAAUCAGAAUAAUUAGCCCCCCUUUGAAAUUUGUUUUCUUUUUUAAAUAUUUCCCAAAUUAUGUUUAACAGAGCAAGGAAAUUUUCACAGUAUGUCUGAUCAUUUUUUUUCUUCUGGAGAAAGUCUUAUUUGUUUUAUUUCGGCUAGAAUAAAAGCUGUUUUUAAUUUUUUUAAAACCCAUUUUAAGGUCAAAAUUAUUAGCCCCUUUAAGCUAUAUUUUUUUAUUGUCUACAGAACAAACCAUCGUUAUGCAAUAACUUGCCUAAUUACCCUAUCCUGCCUAGUUAACCUAAUUAACCUAGUUAAGCCUUUAAAUGUCACUUUAAGCUGUAUAGAAGUGUCUUGAUAAAUAUCUAGUAAAAUAUUAUUUACUGUCAUCAAUAAACGGGGGCUAAUAAUUCAGGGGGGCUAAUAAUUCUGACUUCAACUGUUAAUGAGAGUGAAUGGGAGUUGGGUCAGUCUAGGGUUGUGCAAGCAAGGGCAUCUGUCAGUAAAACAUGUGACAUUCCGCUGUAGGGAGCAAGAGAAUAAACUGAAAGUGAUUUUAUACACUACCGGUCAAAAAUUUGGGGUCAGUUGGAUUUUUAAAAUGUUUUAAAAUAAGCUUCUCCUCACCAAGGCUGCAAUUAUUUAAUCAAAAAUACAGUACAGAUUGUGAAAUGUUAUUGCACUAUAAAAGAACUGUUCAAAAGUAGUUUAUCAUUUAAUUUAAUUAUUUAUUCCAGUGAUUUUAAAGAUAAAUUUUCAGCUUCAUUCAUAAGUCUUCAGAGUCACAUGAUCCUUCAGAAAUCACUCUAACAAUACUACUACUAAUUAUUAUUAUUAUUAAUAGUAAUAGUAAUAAAGCAAUAAUGACUGAAUAUUUUAAUAUGAAAGUACACACAUUAAGAAAGCAGUUAUUUAAAAUUUUUAUAAAUAUUUAACAAUUUAACUUCUUUCUUUUUUACAUUUAAUAAAUGCCGCCUUGAAGAACAGAAUAAUUUUCUUAAAAGAAAACAUGAAAAAAAACUGACCCCAAACUUUUGACUGGUAGUGGGUGUGAAUUCAGUUUUAAGAGGGCUCAUUUUUUUCUUAUGUAGGGCCUACUGUACCAUACAUAUAUCUUUUUAAAUAUCACCAUUCUGUACAAUACAAUUCACCACAAUACUCAAAUUUUACUACACACCAGUUUUUCAAAUAAGGUCCAAAUCCUUAUGGAACAGUUCUAAAUAGAAAGUAAUAGGUUAAAUAAAGUUGCUUGUCAGACACGGUGCUGUUUGCAUGCAUAAUUCAUUUUUUUGUCUUAAAAUUUUUGUCAGACUUUUCAGAAUAAUAUGAUGUUUCUGAAAUGUUUCUGUCCAUCCAGCUGAACAAACAAACAAACAAACAAACAAACAAACAAACAAACAAACAAACAAACAAACAAACAAACAAACAAACAAACAAACAAACAGCAAAAAUCGAUAAGGGACCAGCAAAAACAAGCUAAGAACCAAAACCAGCAUCAAAACAUGCUUUACCAGAUAAUGCUGGCACUUUCCGCAUGGCAGUAGCAGAAAACUCACAUCAAGAGCGCCUCCAUGUGGCGAAAAUGUUUUUAUUAGUAAUUAAAAAUUACAGUAUUAUUUCAUUGAGCCAAUUCAAGUAAUUAACAUCAUUACCUCGCUUUGCUUUUUGAUCGCAAUAAAAAAAAUUCUCCCUUUCACGUAUUUUUUAUUGAUUUUUCUUUUUCUUUAACUGAGCAUAAUUAUUUUAAGAUUUUAAAGAGUUUUGGUUUGUGUGAGGAAAUUUACAACGACACGCAUAAGCACAGAUAUAAUCUACACAGGAAGAGGUAAAGUGGCCACAUUAUUUCUGCAUCUUUUGCGCGUUAGCUCGUGCUGCGUCUCAAAUCCUAUUGAGUCGCCUAUCUAGACAUCGUGUUUAAAGAUUAGCAACAUGUCAUAUAUCAACAUGCCAUAUACGCGCAGCUUUUUCGAAUACCAUAGUAUACCAUAGUACCUUCUCAAAAAUCCUGCACGUGUCUGUAACUAAGACAAGAGCUAAGUAAUGCUGACUAUGUAGGAAGCCUAGUAGAUUUUAAACAACCACCGACAGGCAGAGUACUUUGAGAAUGACGCCUUCAGCGAUGCUUUGAAUUUUACACACUCAACACGACAACUGGCAUUAGAGAUGAAGGCUGUGUUGAUAACUUUGACUGUUCUCUUUUACUGUUUGGGACAGAAGUAUACACUAGGGGAAGAACCCGUUUGCCAAAAUCAGCCUUCAUGUUCUGAAUGUAUCAGGAGUCCUGGAUGUGCUUGGUGCACACAAAUGAACUUCCUGAAAUCGGGUGAGUCUAAUGAACGACGCUGUGAUUCUCCCAAGUCUCUGAAGGAGAGGAAAUGUGAAGAUGAUCAUGUGAUCAAUCCUGGAAAACAUCCAUUGAACUAUGUGAAGAACAAUGACCUCAGCAGUGAUUCUGAUAACGUGGUCCAACUCAAACCGCAGAAUGUCAACAUUAAACUCCGAGUUGGAGUUCCAUUUGAGUUCACAGUUGAGUUUAAAAGGGCUCAGGGUUACCCCAUAGAUCUGUACUACCUGAUGGAUCUCAGCUACUCCAUGCAAGAUGAUUUGGAGCAAAUUAAAACCCUAGGGCAGAAAAUCCUCAAGAAGCUGAAGGACAUCACAGAGACCGUCCGGAUCGGUUUCGGGUCUUUUGUUGAUAAGGAGAUGUUGCCGUAUGUCAGUCAGCUGCCGCCGAGACGUAAGAACCCCUGUCCCAAUCGCAUAAAUACCUGCCAGAAAGCGUUCACGUUCCAGAAUGUCCUGCCACUGACUAGUGAUGGCAAAGAGUUUGAACGGGAAGUGAGCAAACAGAACAUCUCUGGCAACCUGGACUCUCCUGAGGCUGGUCUGGAUGCCAUAAUGCAGGCUGCCGUCUGUAAGGAUAAGAUCAAAUGGGGUAAUGUGACACGGAUUUUGGUAUACACAUCUGAUGACACCUUUCACAUGGCAGGAGAUGGACGACUAGGUGGUGCUUUUCUGCCACAUAAUGGACAGUGUCAUUUUAAUGAUAUGGGUUCUUAUAUUGGAAAAGUCUACGAUUACCCAUCAGUGGGUCAUGUGUCUAGAGUUCUGCAGGAUAACAAUAUUCAGCUCAUAUUUGCUGUCACUGAGGACAUCUAUCCAGCAUAUAAGGCAUUGAGUGCAUUGAUUCCUCAGUCAGUGGUUGGUGUAUUGAAGAAAGACUCCAGUAAUGUGGUUGAUCUAAUCUCUGAGGCAUACGGGAACUUGUCAUCUACACUGGUGUUGGAGCAGGAAGGAGCUCCAGCAGAGCUGAUGGUGUCCUACAGGUCGAAAUGUAAAGACAAUCAGGCGGCCAAUGAAUGGAGGGAAAAAGGAGAAUGUCAAGGCAUCAAGCAUGAGAAGAUAACAUUUCAAGUACGUUUGAAUGCAACAGCAUGUCUGAAGGAACCUCAGAUAUUCCGGAUCAAAAUGCAAGGCAUCAGUGAGGAGGUGAAGAUUACAGUGGAUACUGAUUGUCAGUGUGACUGUGGAGCUGCAGAAAAUUCUUCUGAACACUGCAACUAUAAAGGAAAUCUGUCAUGCGGCAUGUGCAGCUGUGUUGAAGGGUACUUGGGUCAGAACUGCAGCUGCAAGCAACAGAGUGAUAUGGACUCUACCAUCAAAAUGCUGGCAUCCUGCCGGCCCGACAACAGGUCACUUGUUUGCAGUGGCCAAGGAUCCUGUGAAUGUGGCAAAUGUGUGUGUAGAAACGAGUACAGCGGAGACUACUGUCAGUGUGAUCCCAAUAGCUGUGAAAAACACAAUGGACUGACAUGCAAUGGUAAAGGCAGUUGUAAAUGUGGUAAAUGUGCAUGUAAAGACAGAUAUACAGGGUCUGCAUGCGAGUGCUCACCUAGCCAAGACAACUGUAAGAAUAAGUGGGGCCUUUGCGGUGGUCAAGGGGAAUGUGUUUGCGACCGCUGUCAGUGUAAACCAGGCGUCAUUGGAGAACACUGCUCUGCUUUCGUGGACGCUUGCAAGCUGUUCAAGGAUUGUGUGGAAUGUCAUGUUAAGGGUAGCCCUUCCUGUGAUGCGAAAUGUUUCAAUGCUAUAGUAAAACGUCUUGAUGGCACUCAUGAGCUUUCUUGCAUAUAUGAACAAGUUUCAUACAGUGUGGAGCUUCAGGCCAGUGGCAAAGUUAAUGUUGAAUAUGCAGACCUGCCUUAUACUGUUGAUAAGACUAAAGUUAUCAUCGGCAGCUCUGUGUCUGGAAUCAUAAUAACUGGCAUUAUAAUAAUCAUUAUUUACCGUGCCCUCCUGGAGCUGUACGACUAUAGAGAAUAUCAGAGCUUCGUCAAAAUGCAGAGUCAGACGCAGUGGAAAGGGGACCAGAAUCCUCUUUUCAAAGGUGCCACGACAACAGUGAUGAACCCUUUACAUAUGCAAAACGAAGCAUAAAUUUAAAGAGAGGGCAGAUUUCUGGGAGUUUGCUAUUGUAGUUUUUUGUUUCUUUUCGCUUUUUUCUUUUGGACAUUUCACACUGUGCAGCUUAAAACUGUGUUCAAAAUGUGUAGCCUAGGUUAACCGUAAAAACACUGUGAUAGAGAACAGGAAGUUUAUAAAUAGUGUGAUAUAUUUAGCGUAAAUUCAAAUGCUGCAGAACACAAAGCCUUUCUGUUAUGACUAAAUAGAGCUGUGAAAUCAGCUGUGAAACUGAACAAUGUUAUCCAAACAUGUUGGCAUUUUUUAACCCAUUAAACAAUUUAAGAACUUCCUUUGUUUUGAUUUGAUUUAAAUAAGGAGUGUUUAACUUUAUUUGUGGAACAGGGUUUCUGGAAUUUCCACAUAUACUUUGACAAUAUAAAUCGCACACAGUCAUCCUUCAAUUCCAAGCACAAGAAUUAUGUUUUAGUUUUUAUCAUGCAAUUUUAUCUUGUACUUUUAUCAACAAUGGCAUCAAAAUAGAUUUUUUGAUAUGUCUUAUGUAGCAGAAGAACACGUGAAUGUUAACUAGACAGCUUAUUUUACGAUGUAAUCCAAAAUAACUUUCUAAAUGUACGGUAUAUUCCAGAAUGUAUGGCGAAUUAACCUUUCAUGGCAUGAAAUUGAUACCUGUUUAGCUUUACUGCUAAGUGUUUUAUAUUGUUUAUUAUAUAUCUCAUGUUUAAUUAAAAACAUUAUUUGGUAUAUUUUUAUUUAUUUAUUCGUUGUGUUUGG